AUGGAUAUUAAUAAUAAUUUAUUAAAUUUAAUGAAAUCAAUUGAUUUUUCUUGUAAAAAGCAUAGAGAUCAAAGAAGAAAAGAUUCACACUCAACACCUUAUAUAAACCAUCCAAUUGGCGUUACAUAUAAACUAACACAAGCUGGUAUAAAUGAUUUUGAUAUUCUUCAAGCUGCAAUUUUACACGAUACAGUUGAAGAUACCAACACAACAGAAGAAGAACUUGUUAAAGAGUUUGGUAGAAAGGUUGCCACAAUAGUAAUGGAAGUUACCGAUGAUAAAUCAGAAUCAAAAGCCGAUAGAAAAAGACACCAAAUUGAACACGCUAAACAUAUUAGUAAAGAAGCAAAAUCUGUUAAAUUAGCCGACAAACUUUUUAAUUUAUCCGAUAUUCAAACCAAUGCACCACCAUCAUGGUCCAUUGAUGUUAUUCAAGGUUAUUUUAUUUGGGCCAAAGCUGUUAUACAAAAUCUUAGAGGAACAAAUCAAAUUUUAGAAUCCCAAUUGGAUGAAAUUUUUUCAUCAACAUUUAUAAAAGGUGAUAAACAUUAUCCAACCAUCCCUUGUACUCCUGAAGAAGAACCAAAAUUAUUGGAAAACUAUUAUAAAAUUAUUAUAAUGUUAUAG